AAAUAGGAAGAAGCAUAUCUAAUAUUCUACUUACAAAGCGAUUAGCAAUUGCUGAGAAUCAGAGUAUUAUUAACUUCGAAUACAUGCGACGGAAUACCCUAAUCCGUCCGGUCUUGAAGGCUUGGAAACCUAACUUGGCGGAAUGAACUCGGAACCUGUCUUGCACUUCCCUAUCGCCUUUUUUUUUACCUUGCCGCUUUUCCCCAGAUGUAUUAGUUCAUGCUUAUUAUAUCAUAAAAUACACACCCGUAAGACCUAUUCGUAUAAGAAGGGAUGUACAUGUAAAGAAGUAAAAAUGUAUAGACCUCAUCAUAGCCGUAAGAUAUAUAUCUCAUCCGUAUCUCAUAAAAAUAUGAUUAUUUGUCAUUGAGAAAAUUUAGCCUACCAUGUUUUUUUUAAUAGGUAAUUGAAC